UCUGUUUUGAUCCCAAUUCUCUCACUCCAUAACUCAUACUACUCGGUCAGAUCUCUCCAGGUCUCCCCAUACUUUUGUACUUGUACCUUCCUCCAAGCGUCAUUCAUUGAAUCUUUCCAAAAUGCAGCGUGCAUUGACUUCCAGAGCGUCGACCCUCGGCCGAUCGUCAACAUCGAAGCUCCGUCCUAUCGCCUCUGCUGGCUUCAAUGCUCAGCAGCUGCGAUUCGCACACAAGGAGCUCAAAUUCGGUGUGGAAGGACGAGCAGCUCUCCUGGCUGGUGUUGAGACUCUGGCAAAGGCGGUAGCUACAACCUUAGGACCAAAGGGACGGAAUGUUUUGAUUGAGUCAAGUUACGGCUCACCGAAGAUUACAAAGGAUGGUGUGACUGUUGCCAGAGCCAUUACCCUCAAGGACAAAUUCGAAAACCUCGGUGCCCGACUCAUCCAAGAUGUAGCGUCAAAGACAAACGAGACCGCAGGUGAUGGAACCACAACCGCUACUGUCCUCGCCCGAGCCAUCUUCUCCGAGACCGUCAAGAACGUUGCCGCAGGGUGCAACCCUAUGGACCUCCGCCGCGGGACCCAAGCUGCUGUUGAGGCUGUCGUCGAGUUCCUACAAAAGAAUAAACGUGAUAUUACCACCAGCGAGGAGAUUGCCCAGGUCGCAACCAUCAGUGCGAACGGCGAUACGCACAUUGGUAAGCUGAUUGCCAGUGCGAUGGAGAAAGUCGGAAAGGAGGGUGUGAUCACGGUGAAGGAGGGAAAGACCAUGGAAGACGAGCUCGAUGUUACUGAGGGUAUGCGAUUUGACCGCGGAUUCGUCUCCCCAUACUUCAUCACCGAUACCAAGUCACAAAAGGUCGAAUUUGAGAAGCCGUUGAUCCUGCUCUCCGAGAAGAAGAUUUCAGCUGUCCAGGACAUUAUCCCAGCUCUCGAAGCCUCUACCCAGCUCCGCAGACCUUUGGUCAUCAUUGCUGAGGAUAUUGAUGGAGAGGCUCUCGCGGUCUGCAUCUUGAACAAGCUCCGUGGCCAACUUCAAGUCGCUGCUGUUAAGGCACCAGGUUUUGGUGAGAACCGCAAGUCUAUCCUUGGUGAUCUAGGUGUUCUUACCAACGCCACUGUCUUCACUGACGAGCUCGACAUCAAGCUUGAGAAGGCUACCCCAGAUAUGUUCGGAUCUACUGGAUCCAUCACCAUCACAAAAGAGGAUACGAUCAUUUUGAAUGGUGACGGAAGCAAGGAUGCUAUCAGUCAACGAUGCGAGCAAAUCCGGGGCGUCAUGACCGACCCUACAACCUCCGACUACGAGAAAGAGAAGCUCCAAGAGCGUCUUGCCAAGCUCUCUGGCGGUGUUGCAGUCAUCAAGGUCGGUGGAUCUUCAGAAGUCGAGGUUGGUGAGAAGAAGGAUCGUUUUGUUGAUGCUCUCAACGCCACCCGUGCUGCAGUUGAGGAGGGUAUUCUCCCAGGUGGUGGAACUGCUCUUCUCAAGGCAGCCAGCCAAGCUCUUGCCGGUGUUAAGCCAACCAACUUCGACCAACAGCUUGGUGUUAGCAUCAUCAAGAGUGCCAUAACCAAGCCUGCACGCAUGAUUGUUGAGAACGCUGGUAUGGAGGGCUCAGUCGUUGUCGGCAAGCUUAUGGAUGAAUUUGGGUCCGACUUCAACAAGGGUUAUGAUAGCGCCAAGGGAGAGUACGUUGACAUGAUCGCUGCCGGUAUCGUUGAUCCAUUCAAAGUUGUCCGAACUGCAUUGGUAGAUGCUAGCGGUGUUGCCUCAUUACUUGGCACGACUGAGGUUGCUAUUGUUGAGGCACCAGAGGAGAAGGGCCCACCAGGCGGUGGCAUGGGAGGCAUGGGCGGAAUGGGUGGCAUGGGUGGAAUGAUGUGAAAAAGUUAACGGCGACGAUGUAGAAAAACCCCGUCACGGCCAAGCUCUUCACAGAUGCCGUCGGGCGUCUGGAAUGAUAGUAUGAGGGCUGUUUUAAAUGUUGUACAACACUCACCCCACUCAAUCCUCUUUGUACUUUGUCUUAUAUUUGGCAUUACGGAGCGAUUUGGUGUUUUUAAGUAGUGGAAGGAAGAUCAUGUAAAUUAAUGAGCCAAAAACAAUUCAAACUGUCAAAUAC